AUGAGCGCGAUUAAUGUGUUGUAUGAUGAUGAGGAGGGUGGAUUCAGCUCUCUCUCCGAGAUUAAUGUGUUGUAUGAUGAUGAGGAGGGUGGAUUCAGCUCUCUCUCCGAGAUUAAUGUGUUGUAUGAUGAUGAGGAGGGUGGAUUCUGCACAGCGCAGGUUUGUUCCAGUGGAAAUAUUUCAUGUUUCAAUGCAUCGCCGACGAAUCUGUUCUGGAUAUUUUCUUUAUCACUUCUGCGUGUAUUAUUUGUAAACAUGAAAGUUUGGGUCAGUCUCUUCGUGUUUACGUUCGUCUGGUUCGCAGAGUGCGCACAGAAACAAGACGUACCGGUGAUAGACGUGUUGAGUUUGGAGGAUGUGAAGCAGACCGUGGCUGCGGUGGAGAAGAUCUCUUUAGCUCUGAAGACUCUCAGUGAUGUGUAUGUGAUGUCUUCCUUCCGUCUGCCUCCUAAACUGGGUGGAGUCCUGCUGGGUCUCUACAACAAGCAGGAUAACAAGAAAUACCUGGAGGUUGCCAUCAUGAGCAAGAUUAACAAAAUUCUGGUCCGGUAUGUUCGUGAAGAUGGGAAGCUGCACACAGUCAAUCUGCAGAGCCCAAAUCUAGCAGACGGACAGUCUCAGUCUGUUAUACUCCGUGUCGGUGGCUUGCGCAGAGAGUACCUGAGCCUUGAACUCUAUGUGAACUGUCGUCUGGCUGACUCUGCCCAGCGGCUGCCCCUAUUAGUCUCUCUGCCCAGAGAUGCAGAGCUGGUGGAGAUUCGUAAUGGCCACAAGGCAUACACUCGGAUGCAGGGUUCAGUGGAGUAUCUUAAAGUGGCUCUAGGGGGCACUGUUGCCCAGGCUGGGGCUCUUACAGACUGCCCCUUUCAGGGAGACGCCUCUUCAUAUAACAUAGUGAACGGUGAGGUUAAUUCUAUUCUAGGUGACCACACGAAAGCUCUGAUUGGGCAGUUGAUCAUCUUUAAUCAGAUCUUGGGAGAGCUGAGAGAGGACAUCAGAGAACAGGUGAAAGAAAUGUCUCUCAUCAGGAAUGCUAUUCUGGAGUGCCAGAUGUGUGGAUUUCAUGAGCCGCGUUCACGCUGUCAGCCCAACCCCUGCUUUAAGGGCGUGGCCUGCAUGGAGACGUUUGAUUUCCCAGGGUACCGCUGUGGCCCCUGUCCAGAGGGCAUGACAGGGAACGGCACACACUGUCAGGAUAUAGAUGAGUGUGCAGAGGCUCAGCCGUGUUACACACCAGGCACAUGUGUCAACACAGCAAAAGGGUUUACCUGUGAGCCCUGCCCACCCGGACUGUGGGGUCCUCCUCUCUCUGGAUUCGGUGUGGAAUAUGCUAAGAGUCAACGUCAGGAAUGCUCUGAUAUUGAUGAAUGUCUUGAUUUGGCCAACGCCUGCACACCCAACUCCAUCUGCAUCAACACCAUUGGAUCAUAUCGAUGCGGUCAGUGCAAGUUUGGAUAUGUUGGGAAUCAGACAACUGGAUGUUUCCCUCGGAAAUCGUGCGCUAUGCUCAGUUUCAACCCCUGUGACACUAACGCUCACUGCGUCAUUCAGCGGAACGGCGACGUCACAUGCGUUUGUAAUGUCGGAUGGGCCGGUAAUGGUCACACCUGUGGGAAGGACACGGAUAUUGAUGGUUAUCCGGAUCGCUCCUUGCCCUGCAUGGACAAUGACAAGCACUGCAAACAGGACAACUGCAUCUUCACGCCCAACUCCGGUCAGGAAGAUGCAGAUAAUGAUGGGAUUGGAGACCAGUGUGAUGAGGAUGCAGAUGGAGACGGAAUAAAAAAUGUAGAGGAUAACUGUCGGUUGGUUUCCAAUAAAGAUCAGCAGAACUCUGACACUGAUUCAUUUGGUGAUGCAUGUGAUAACUGUCCCACCGUUCCCAACAUUGACCAGAAAGACACUGACAAUAACGGAGAGGGAGAUGCAUGCGAUGAUGACAUCGAUGGAGAUGGAAUCCAGAACGUGCUGGAUAACUGUCCCAAAGUGCCAAACCCAAUGCAGACAGACCGAGACAGAGACGGAGUGGGUGAUGCAUGUGACAGCUGUCCUGAGAUCAGCAACCCCAUGCAGACAGAUGUAGACAAUGACUUAGUCGGGGAUGUCUGCGACACCAAUCAAGACACGGAUGGAGACGGACACCAGGACACUCGAGAUAACUGUCCCGACAUUCCAAACAGCUCUCAGCUCGACUCGGACAAUGACGGCAUUGGAGAUGACUGUGAUGAUGACGACGAUAAUGACGGGGUCCCAGACAAUCACGCCAUCAACGGCAUCGGACCCGAUAACUGCAGACUCAUUUCCAACCCCAACCAGAAAGACUCAGACAGUAACGGAGUCGGUGACGUAUGUGAGAAUGACCUGCUGCUCUCAUUGACACAGGGUAUGGAGAUUGUUCAAACCAUGAACAGUGACCCGGGCUUGGCAGUGGGUUACACAGCGUUUAACGGUGUGGACUUCGAGGGAACAUUUCACGUUAACACCGUGACUGACGACGACUACGCCGGCUUCAUCUUUGGCUAUCAGGAUUCAUCUAGUUUCUAUGUGGUGAUGUGGAAGCAGACCGAACAGACAUACUGGCAGUCGAUACCCUUCAGGGCCAUGGCUGAACCAGGCCUGCAGCUCAAGGCGGUGAAGUCUCGUACUGGCCCCAGUGAGUUUCUUCGUAAUGCUCUGUGGCACACGGGGGAUACGGAUGGAGAGGUGAAACUGCUCUGGAAAGACCCACGAAAUGUCGGCUGGCAAGAUAAAACCUCGUACCGGUGGCAGCUCAGCCAUCGGCCACAGGUCGGCUACAUCAGGGUGAAGCUGUAUGAAGGCACAAAGAUGGUGGCUGACUCCAAUGUUGUGAUUGACACCACUAUGAGAGGGGGACGCCUGGGCGUGUUCUGCUUCUCUCAAGAGAACAUCAUUUGGUCCAAUCUGCGCUACCGCUGUAACGAUACUGUUCCAGAGGACUUCAGUACACACCGUAAACAGGUUCUAAUGCACAUAAAGGUGUGAGGGGAGUGAGACGCCCUCUGUCUCUCUCUAGACCCUCUGAAACCCAGUGUGGCGCCACUGAACUCCUGUGUCGAGGGGCCAAACAACCAGGACAGAUGAGAGAUUUAUCCAGCGUCUGUGUCACUCCGGAUGAGGAGACUGAAUGAAAGGAGAGAAAAGACUUUUAUUUGACAUUUUGCGUGUUUAUUUGUCAUCGCGGGGCCGUAUAAUGUGUGAGUAUGAGUGUAUGUUUGAGAGUCCUGUAGCGUGUGUUUACAUGAACAAAUGUCUUGAAAUAAAGGGAUUUGAUGUAUUUUCUAGAACACAACAAAUACCCAACAGUACCAUGGUUCUAUAAUCAUUAUUAAUACAUGACAAAAACAGAAAUCAAUUCUAAAAAUACCAAAAUUGACAGUUUAAUAUGUCAACCCCAGAAUUCUCCUGUUCUGUAUGCCAUUAAUGAUG